GCCGGGCGGCCGCGCCCGCCGCGUGCAACAUGGCGGAGGGGCGGGGCUGCGCUCACCCCGCUGUGUCCUGACGGGAACCCGCGGCUGGGCGGUUUGGGCGGCGGGGCUGUCGGUCAGCGCCGUCCCUCAGCCCCGCCGGGGCCAGCGCGUGGCCGGCGGGCUCGACUGGUGGCUGCUCGGCCGGCUGCGAGGACAUUCCGUGUUGCUGAAGGAAGGUGCUCCAUUUUUGGAGUGACUUAUGAUGUCAAGAACUGUAUCAUCCUGGAUUUUAAGCUCAGCCAGAAGCAGCAUUAUUUUACAAGGGAAAGGACGUUGGUACUCCAUCUGUAUCCCAAAUAGAAACAAGAUCAAGUGGAAGCUCGUUUUCUCCAAAACAUGUCCCUACCCUGCUGGGAGCUGCAGCUUAGACAGAACUUUCUCCUUUUCCAAAGCAUUCCGGCACACUUCCACCGAAGAAGAACACUUUUCUUUCCAACUGUCUCCAUCACAAAUCAAUGACAUACUCAGAGCGGGUGAGCUAUCCCACAGAACGCUGGAUUUGAAAGGCAAGAAUGCAAAUUCUGUGCUGAGGUUUGAAAGCAACCAGCUGGCCUCCAACAGCCCCAUAGAGGACCGGCGGAGCGCGGCCACGUGCCUGCAGACGGCGGGGAUGAUGUUCGGCGUGUUCGACGGCCACGCGGGCGCCGCCUGCGCCCAGGCCGUGAGCGAGAGGCUGCUGCACUACAUCGCCGUGUCCCUCAUGCCCCGCCAGAACCUGGAGGAGAUUGAGCUGGCCGUGGAGGCCAUGAAACCAGUGCGGCCCAUCCUGCAGUGGCACAGGCAUCCCAACGAUGUGAAGUACCAGGAAAUCACCUCGCAGUACUUUGAGAACCUCCGGGUUUACUGGCAGCACUUGCUGGACCUGGACACUGAGCCAGGGUUUAGUUUGGAAGAAGCCAUGAUUUGUGCAUUCAAAAGGUUAGACUCAGACAUAUCACUGGAAGUUCAGGCUCCUCAGGAAAAUGAGUUGAUGAGAAACAUCGCCCUGCAAGUGGCGUUUUCUGGUGCAACAGCCUGUGUAGCUCACAUUGAUGGUGUUCACCUACAUGUGGCAAACACCGGUGAUUGCAGAGCGGUUUUAGGGGUCCGUGAAGAAGAUGGAACAUGGUCUACUCUCCCUCUAACCCGAGAUCACAAUGCCUAUGAUGAAUUUGAAAUUAGAAGAUUGAAGCGAGAGCAUCCUAGAUCUGAGGAGAAAACCCUAUUUGUGAAUGACAGAUUACUGGGGAUUCUCAUGCCCUCCAGAGCUUUUGGAGAUGUGCAAUUAAAAUGGAGCAAAGAAUUGCAGCACAGCAUUCUCGAGAACAGCUGUGAUGUUGAGGCUCUAAACAUUUAUCAGUACGUUCCUCCAAACUACCAUACCCCCCCUUAUUUAACUGCAGAGCCUGAAGUCACAUACCACAAGUUAAGAAGCAAGGAUAAGUUUCUCGUUAUUGCUUCAGAUGGGCUAUGGGAGAUGCUGAGUAACGAGAAGGUUGUAAAACUUGUUGCCGGACACCUUACAGAGCUCAACAUGCAGAAACCACCCCUGACUUUUAAGAAACCAGUUAAUUUGGGUUACAUGCACAACUUGUUGCUGCAGAGGAAGAGCAAAGGCCUGGCCUCCCUGGACCAGAACACGGCCACCCAUCUGAUCCGACACGCGAUCGGCAGCAAUGAGUACGGCGAGGUGGACCCAGAGAAGCUGGCUGCCAUGCUGACCCUGCCCGAGGACCUGGCCAGGAUGUACAGGGACGACAUCACCGUCACCGUGGUGCACUUCAACUCAGAAACUAUUGAAGAUUACUACAGGAGCCACGAGUAGAGCCUUGCACUGCUGCAGUUCAGUACCACUAGGGAACUUCGAUCCUGAACCAUUCCUCUCCCUCUCUGCUAGUCCAGAGAGGACUACCAGUCCUGAAGAGCUGCUACCAGUGCCUGCAAGUUCCUAAAUCUUUUUGUUACUUACUGGCUUUGAAAAUAACUUUCUAAAAGGUGAAAUUACCCUGGGUUUCCAGGUUUCUAUACACUGAAGAAAAAUGUUUUCAUAAAACCUCACUGAAAUGUGAUUGAACUAAAGAUUGUGGACCAUUUCUGAUUCCAUGAGAACCUCUGGUAAAACUUCCCGAUGAACAAAAAAGGCAAAUUUCACUGAGACUGGUUCAAUUUAAUAGAAAUGGAUAAUAGGUGUAGCUGCAUGGAGUGUCAGGCUCUGCUCUUGUGGAGAGUGCGUAGCAUCCUGUUGAAGCACUGUAACUGAAUUAAAUAAAUUAACUACCAAAUCUUU